GCGACACCCUUAUCCCCCCGCCUUGUCGCACCCAUCCAUUACGGUUGCUGCCCUUCCCCCGAGGAGCCUGUCCCUCAGAAUCAUCCCACAACCGCUUCUGGGGAUUCCCAACGUGCCACCAAGAUGUCUAAUACUCCAGGGACGGAUACUCACGUCGACGAGAAGCUGAAGACUGCCAUGUCGGAAUCCAGCGUCGAGUCGCAGUCUAACGUAGGGCCUCCCGGAGAGCCAACACCAGAGUUUCUCGCUCUCACUCGCAGCGCCAAACGCAAACUCGACCUCACGCUGAUCCCGGUCAUGACCAUGUUCUACCUCCUUUCGUACCUAGACCGAACAAACAUUGGAAACGCUCGAGUGGCCGGACUGCAGGCGGACCUGGGGUUGACGGACCACCAGUUCCAGAUUGCCAUUACGAUUCUCUAUGUGCCCUACAUCUGCACAGAGCUGCCAGCCAACCUUCUGCUUAAGAAGAUUGGGCCGAACAUCUUGAUGCCUACCAUCCUCACGCUUUGGGGUAUCGUCGUCACGUUUCAAGGGUUCGUGACGAAUUACGCCGGUCUACUGGCUGUUCGUUUCUUCCUGGGGUUACUGGAAGGGCCGAUGUUCCCUGGCAUCGUGCUCUAUCUUUCAGGAUUUUAUACGCGCGGCGACCUUUCAUUGAGAAUUGCAUACUUCUUUUCUUCCGCUUCUCUUGCAGGGGCUUUCUCUGGUCUCCUCGCAGCCGGUAUUUCACAGAUGGAUGGUCUGGGUGGCAAGAAGGCUUGGGAAUGGAUUUUCAUUAUCGAAGGCCUGUUUACUGUCGUCGUCGGCGUCGUCGCGUUCUUCUUCGUCCCAGCAACACCGCGGCACUCGAAAGUCCUUUCACAAGCCGAACAGGACGCCGUGAUUCUCAGUCUUGAGCGGGAUAGACCUAUGAUUGGAGCCACCGAAAAGUUCCAUCCCAGGGAGAUCCUUCGUUCUAUUACAUCCCCUCACGUCUUCCUGGUCUUUUUAGUGUUCUUCUUGGGUGGAGCCAUCUUUUUCGGGCUUGCCAUUUUCCUGCCUUCGAUUAUUCGACUGAUGCAGUUUACGCCCAACGAGAGUCAGCUUCUGAGCGUUGGUCCUUUCGCGACCUCUUUUGUCAUCAGUCUCAUCUCCGCAUGGGCAUCCGAUAGGUGGAACCGCCGCGGAGCACCUCUCAUUGUACUCUGUGCCAUGUGCACAGCAGGAUGGGCUCUCUUUUAUGGAUCAAACGACACAUGGACUAGAUACGGUUCCUUCUUCCUCAUCGUUCCCGGAGUUUUCGCAGCAUCUCCGAUAGCUGCUGCAUGGCUGUCUAACAACUCCGAGCCCUACUUCAGGCGAGCCAGCAGCAUCGCCUUCGGGUUCAUGGCUACCAACUUUGGCGGAAUUCUCAGUACCUGGCGAUUCCCCACAAGUGAAGGGCCGAGGUUCGAAAAAACCACCAUCAUGAACAUGACUUUCGCCGUGAUCAUGACACUCAGCUCAGUCGGCAACAUUUUCCUGCUCAUGUGGCUUCAGAAGCGAAAGGAGAAGAAUCGAGACAAGAUCUUGGCUCCUUAUGUCACGGAGAAAGAACCUGACGGUGGAGAAAGAGCGUGGAUUGACCUUGGCGAUAGGCAUCCUGACUUCAAAUACGCUCUUUGA